UACGAUGAAAAUGACUGCGUCCGUCCCAUGCUGACGAACGUACGAUACGACGUUACGUUGUUGAGUCAUUCGCGUUCGUACUGUUCGCUGUUGUUCUUCUAAUGCGCUUUCUUUCUGCUCAGCGAAAAUGAAACGGACUCUUGGUGCCUGCAAGUCAAUCCUGCUAGCAGCAAUCACAACAGUGUUCGCGCCUGUUGCUCUAGGUCACAACAUUUGCAAUGAGAAGAUCGGAAACCUCAACGGACCACAGAUAUCUAGGUAUUCGUGGCAAGUGCAGGUGAAGCCAAGUGAUGUUGUGGACACUUUCUACAUUUCCUUCUGCCAACCCCUCCAGUUCCCUCCAGGGUCUCUGGCGGAGCAGUGUAAUGGUGCGUCUGUGUGUCGUGUGCGUGACAAGGUGGUGACUGUGCAUAGCAACCUUAAUUACAAUGUGUCUAUGAUGUUGCCAACCACGCCGUGGCUCGUGGUGUCAGGACUGCAGUGUACUGCGAGUGAGCAGUAUCGGCUGACCAUACGUCACUCCUGUGGUCUCCAUUUGGGAUCUCCAGAGUUCCUCGCGGAGUCGAAAUCCAGGUGCCAGACCUUCUUUUCAUGGCGGACUUCGGCGGCGUGCGCAUCAUCCGGAAGACGGAACGAGACGCCCUGCUACGCGUAUAACGCUGACGGCGCCAAGUUCGAUCUCACCCCGCUCAUGAAAAUGACUGGCUCCCACCCUGUGGAAAGCUUGGACAAGGACGUUGACCUUCGCAUCAACGUCUGCUCGGAUAUGGUUGGAGAAGAAGGAGAGGAAUAUCCCUCUAUGAGUGGAGCCUGCCUAAUGCAGAAAGAUGGAAAAUGCACCUCAGUUGGUCAGCUGCAUUCCGGGCCGAGUUUUGAAACUGGAGCUCCUCAUUUAGAAAUUGCGUACAGCACAAACUCCACACAUGAAGGCUGCAGUCUGCCUGCACGGACCGUUAUAGCAUUCAAAUGCCCUGGCCGUGGAAAGAGUCAUCCUCCACGACUGAUCUCUUCCUGGCACUGCCAAUUCCAUGUUGAGUGGGAAACUCAGUUCGCAUGCCCCUUGGACCAGAUCACCGGAAACCCAGACACGUGCAAGUUUACAGAAGAGACACAUGGCUUUGACAUCGACCUAAGUCCUCUGAAAAUGCUAGAAGGCCAGUACCACAAUACUACAUUGAAUGUGGAAGGUGCUGCAGUGACAGUGAUCUACAACAUAUGCAACCAGGGUACAGGAUCUUCAGAGAGUUGCGGCCGUGGAAAACGCUACAACACUGCUAUCUGCCUGAUCAAUGACACAAUGUCCAUUUCUUUGGGUGAUGUGCGCGAUUCCAAACUACAGCUCGUGGAUGGCAUAGCUAGCGUAUUAUUCCAAGAGGGCUCCCCCUGCCCAAAUAACCGCACGUGGUCUUCAGUUAUUGACUUUGUCUGCAACAAGAAACAAGCAAUGGGCCACUUGGAGCUUGAAUUCGUGGACGAUGACAACUGCCAGUAUCACUUUGUGUGGGAGACUGAGCACGCGUGCCUGGAAAAGUCGUCCCCAAGCUGUGUCAUGCAGGAGGGAGACAUUCGCAUUGACUUCAGCUCUCUGGCAACUGGAAAGGGUCAGGACCCCUGGAUAGCCUUGGGCAGUCCCGAAAAGGACCUUAAUGGAACUUUCUAUGUGAGACUCUGCAGUAGGAGUGGUGAUGGAGACUGGAUUCUGCGCGGCUGUGGUGCUGACUCUGCCAUCUGCUUUGUAGGUGGAGAAGGCAAAGUUGUCAGCUACGGACAGUUCUUCUCGAAGCCUACUUACGAUAAGCAAACCAAAACUGUGACUGUUACGACAUCUGGAUGGCAGCAGUGCAGGCCUGGCAGGAACUACUCCUCGUCUAUCUACCUUGUUUGUAAGCCAGGAGCAACAACAGAGAGCCCAGUGUUCCUUGGCAUGGAUGAUACUGGCUGCCUGGCUGAGUUUGAGUGGCACACUGCAAGCGCAUGUCCUCUCAAAAGUGUUGUGGGCAGUGGAUGUCGAAUAGAAGAUGACGAGCUAGGCUUUACAUUGGACUUGUCUCCCCUGACAUCGAGUGUGCCUUACAAGAUUGAGAAUGCACAGUACACGUACUAUCUCAAUGUUUGCGGUGAUUUGCGUGACACACCUUGUAGCACAGCCACUACUGCGUCACCAACUGUCUGUCAAGAAUCUCAAGAUAAAAAACGAACAUGGGUGUUGGGAGCUGGUGAGCCCCUUCUUUCCUACGUUGACGGAAUGGUGAACCUGACUUACACCAAUGGGACCCCGUACAAUGAUGUCAACCGCACGCCGCGCAAGUCAAGCAUCGCGUUCCUUUGCGACCAUGAUGCUGGUAUUGGAUAUCCCAGCUUUGUUGAGGAAGCAGACCGUACCUAUUCCUUUGUAUGGUACACGAGCUAUGCGUGUCCUUCGUCGUAUUAUACCCCGUGUGUUUAUAAGGACAAUGCUUCUGGGCUGCACUAUGACCUGUCCAGACUGAGUCAGCUGCAUGAUAACGAGGACUGGGUGGUGGAAAGUGCUGAUAGGGAUGGAUCCCUGCGUUACCACAUUAGUGUAUGUCGACCCUUGAGGAAGCCGCCUCAAGGCUGCUCUUCUACUGCAGCCGCAUGCGUGCUCAGGGAAUACAGCAAUGGCACGGAGGUGGUGGAAGUGAAGGAUGCGGGGAAGGCACGCAACCCUUUGACCUUCAGGGAUGGAGCCUUGACCCUGUUUUACGACUUGGGUCAGGAAUGCACGCAAUAUGGUGUUAAGGUCAACUAUAGCGUCUCCAUCCACUUCCUCUGUGACCCGAAGCAGGUUGAGUCCUUGACAUUCAUGAAGAAAGUGGGUAACUGCAACUACUUGUUUGUGUGGUCGACACAUGCUGCUUGCCCUGUGAGCCACCAGGGGGUGAGGGACUCGUGCACACUCAGGGACAAUCGUACAGGCAUCCUGUACGACCUCAGUCCCCUGAGGUUGCCCAACAGCUACUACACAGUCUCUAAUGGCACAGAAGUAUAUGAGCUGAACAUCUGUGGUCCCGUACAUGGAGGUCACUGCCAGUCUACUCCCAAUGUCAGUGUCUGCAAAGUGGACAGUAAAAAGGGCUACCCUGUUGGAUUCUUCGACAACAUGUUCCUUAGCUCAGAUUCUGAGGGCUCAAUGAAAUUGGCCUACGUCGGAGACUUCAAAUCUCACUCUGGUGAUGCUACCAAGGUCCUUAUUGAAGUGACUUGCAAUCCUACAGUGGAAGGGGCACGCUUUGCCCUACUGAAAGCUGGAGACGAUUCUUUUGGUGCUCACGUGCUGAGCCUAGAAACUGAGCUGGCCUGCCCACCUGUUGACUCAGAUGCAGGAUGCUCCUUCUUCGAUGACAAGGCUCAAGAACGUUAUGACCUGUCCCCUCUUGCGGGGCGUGUCCACCAUGCAAGUGAUCCCUCUGGCAGGCGGCAUUUCCUUCUUGGCUUUUGCGGACCAAUUGUGACUCCUGGACAUCAAGAUGUGCAAUGCCCAGCUGGCAGUGCUGCCUGUGAACUGGGCACUCCACUAUCCCAUGCUGCCAAGCUGGGGUCAGUCAUGUCCGCUCCACACGUCGCCUCAGAUGGGUCAAUUGUUGUGAGAUACCCGUACGGAGAACAGUGUGGCAACGGGACAAUGAAGAACUCUGCUUUGAUCACCCUUCUUUGUGAUGACACAGAGGAAGCUCCUAUGUUCAUGGGAGAGUCCCCGGCCUGCAAUUAUUUGUUCACCUACAGGACACCUGCAGCAUGCCCGCUCAAGCUGUCCAUGGGACAAGGUUGUAAGGUGACUGACCCCCGCUACGGCUACAACUAUGACUUCAGUCAGUUAGCCAACUCCAAAACAGAUUACCCGGUUCAUGCUGGAGAGUACACCUAUCUGAUCAACAUCUGCCGCCCUCUUGUGGCAGGGAAAGGCACCUGCGAAGGGGCUGCUUCGUGUCAAACAAAGCCAAGCGUAGAGGACUUUAAUGUUAACACAGGUCAGUCCUCGAGUGCUGUCACGUACCGCAAUGGACAGAUUUCGUUGUACUACGGAGAUGGAAAGGGUCCGUGUCAUGGCCUCUAUAACCGAUCUACAAUGAUCCAGUUCGUGUGCGACCAUUUGACGGACGGACGUGCCACGGGACCCACGUUUGUGGCCGAAGAUAGCAACUGCACCUACCUGUUCGAGUGGCGCACUAGUUUUGCGUGCCCCAAGAUUGCCGAGAGCGAAUGUUCGGUGAACCUGAAUGACACCCACAUGGUGGAUCUCUCCCCUCUGUCCAACCCCAAGGAAAAUUAUGAGAUUAGAACAUCAUCUGGCACAAGGGUGGUACUCAACGUCUGCAGGAGCGUCAUCUACAAGCCAGAGUCUGCAUGUCCCAGUACAGCUGGUGCGUGUGCAAUUCUACAUCCUGAUAGCAUUAAGAGCUUGGGCCGAGUUGGUUCACGACCAUAUUUGGAGAUGGGCAACAUUAAGCUUCGCUACUCACUUGGAGACAGAUGUGAUCAAGGUUCCUCUCCGAGGGGAACUGCAAAAUGGGAAACUAUCAUCGAGUUUGAAUGUGACCCAACUGCCCAGGUAGGAAUACCAGAGCUUCUUGGAUUGCAAGACAAGUGUGUGUACAACGUGAAGUGGCGAACUGUGUAUGCCUGCCCUAUGGCCCAGGAUAGCAUACACGACCAGUGUUCGGCGCUGCACCCUCUUACAGGGGAGGCUAUUGACCUGUCAUCUCUGAAAAGAACAACCCCAUAUACGUACAGGUCCAGCAGCUCGGAGGUCUACAAACUGAGUAUCUGUGGCCCCCUCAGUGAAUCUGCCUGUGGCACUGAUGUUGGGGUAUGCUUGGAAGAUAGAAGGCCAGGUGCACAACACAACCUGGGUCUUGCCAAUAAUCAACUGCACUUCCGCGAUGGAGUCAUGUUUCUCAACUACUCUGGUGGAGAUGCCUGCCCUGUUGCUGUUGGUGGAAGACGCUCCAGCCUCAUUCAGUUUGUGUGCUCUUCAGCUGGGUACUCUCACUUGGGACCCCAACUCAUCCAUGUGCAGAACGACUGCACUUACUACUUUGUGUGGCACACAGAGUUGGCUUGUCAGAAUGUGCUGCACUGUGCGGUUAAAGAAGGUGGCCUUCAGUUCGACCUGUCACCGUUAAUCCUCUCCAGUGGAAGGUAUACUGCCCUCAAUGUUGACCACCCUGGCUAUGUGUACUACAUCAACGUGUGUCGACCUUUGAGCCCAGUGCACCCAUACCAUCACUUACCGUCGGCGGGCAUCAUCAGGGUAUCAGAGGAUGGCAAGACAGUUGAGAGUCUGGGCUCUGUUCCAAUGGAGCCCUUCAAUGACUUCCAAGGCCACGUGAGCUUAUUAUAUGUGAACGGGUCCCGCUGUGCAAGCAACGAGAACACAUCUAACAAAGCGAGAAUAAUCUUCAUUUGUGACCCAUCGUCUUCAGUGGAACAGCCAUCCCUUGUGGACAUCGAUGCUGAUGAGUGCAUUUUCCUGUUUGAGUGGAGGACAAGUUUGGUUUGUCCACACCGGGCAGAUGUGCCUGAUGGAACAGAUAAAGACUGCAGUUUGGCAGUUCAUCAGCACGGCCUUCGCUUUGAUUUAGCCCAGCUGCAAAACAAGAGGAAUGGUUCCCCAUCAUCACUGUUUGAGGUGUCAGUGCCAAGUGAAGAAGGAAAAUUCGUGAUCGAUGUGUGUGGCCACUUAAACAUGAGUGGUUGCACAGAAUCAUCCAUAUGUUUCCUUUCGGCCAACCACCAGGAGGGCUAUGGAAUCCAGACAUCUACCACGUAUUACGACGGGUCCCUCAAGGUGCGAUACAGCAAUGGAAGCGCCUGUACAUCCAGUGAGGCUCCCUUCCGCUCCGCAGAAAUCAACUUUGAGUGCAACCAUGGUGUAGGAGUUGGAGCUCCCAUUCUCGUGCAUAAAUAUGCCUGUCACUCAACAUUCAAGUGGCCAACCAGCCUGGUGUGUUUGGAAGAGCCCAAAGAGUGUACCGUCGUAUCGGAUAAUGAUGUCUACGAUUUUGGUCUCCUUUCCUCUAUCAGUACGUUGUGGAAUGUUACGGAUGAGCAGGGGAACAUGUACUGGAUGAACGUUUGCCAUGGCAUGAAGGCAGAUAAGAGUGGAGUUCAAAGCUGUUCGAGCAGUGCUGCCGCUUGCAUGCGUAGUGCACUGCAUGAUGGACACGAGUACACCAUUGGCAAGCUGGUUUCCCAACGCAUCACAGUGCCAAAACCCGGUGAAGUGCUUUUUACAUACGGCGGAGGAGACCCCUCUGUGUGUCUCAAGAAGGGACAGUUUCCAGAAACUCGCAUCACUUUCACCUGCCCCGUGGGUGGAGGCACAGUGGGUGUGCCAGAAAUGAUCCACGGUCCCUCGGAGCAAGAGUGCACGUUUGCCUUCAGAUGGGAAUCUAGAAUGGCCUGUCCCCAGAAAGAGGGUGUGGUUCUCCCAGAAGAAAAUGGCAUGAUUGUGGACCAGAGGUCAAACUUUGUUAUGAAUUUCUCUGCAAUUCUUGAUGGAACGUUCAAAGUGGCCGAGAAGAGAGGUGAAGAUGAAUACCUGUACAUCAUCCAGCUGCGAGAGUCUUUGUCCAGCACAGCCGAGACAUGCUUCCAAGCUGGUGUGUGCCAGACUAAGCCUAGCACUGGCUUCCAUAGGGAUGUAGGCAGCUACAUCACACGCAGAUUUGUCCUCAGAGGGUCUGAACUGCUGCUUGAAAUGAAAUCGGUGACAAGCAGGUGUGGACGUACAUCCAAGGAGGUCACUUCUAUCAUCAGCUUCUUCUGCUCCCCACAAGCCGGACUGGGAGAGCCCGAAUUUUUGUACGAGUCCAGUAAGUGCCAUUACCUGUUCAGCUGGCAGACAUCGCUGGUAUGCAUCAGUGCACAAAGACCCAUUGCGAGCCAUGAUGAACAGAUAUUGCCUGCUCAAGGGGCACAGACAUCUGGCACAUCCCAUAUUCUGAUUGCUGUGAGCAUCUGUGGCUGUGUCCUCCUUGCAAUUGGCAUUUUCAUCGUUCUUAGGAAAGAACAACGGAGGGACAAGAUCAAGUCCAUGAUAGGAAGAGUCCUUAGGAGGGCACCUAUACCUCCGUACCACUACUCUAAGACGGCAUCUAGCGUUCAUGCGGUACAGGAAGAUGGUGACACAGUGCUUUUAUCAUCGGCUGCAUUUGUGCCCUCUGUUGACGAACCCGGCGACGUGGACCCCAUUGGCUGAUGUUCAAGGCUCGGUCGUUGUUCCUUGGUUGUGUGUGGACAUUUGACCAAACGUUGAUGUUGUACAGUUUUAUUUUAUUUUAAGAGUUAUUGGGUGUUCUUUUCCCAAAGUCAACUGUGAUACAAAGGGACUGGUCUGUAGGGAGCAUUCAACAAUCCUUGGCACACCUUGUUUCAUAUAGGUAAUUGUUGAGGCAGUUACCAAAGCAUAUUGCUGCAAAGUUUCCUUAUCACUGUUGAGGAAUGCCAAGAGAGUAUAUAUUUUACGGAGCUGUCAGACCAAGGAAAGCCUGAGGAGUGCCUCUGUCUGCAAACGGGUUUACGAGCCACAAAAAAAAAGAAAGAGCUGUGAUGCUACUGAUAGCACCUGUGCGUGACAUGUGUUUUGGUGGGUGCUACAUUGUUGUUGCUCUAGUAUUUGGCCCCGUAGAAGGUAGUUUUGUUCACGGACACCUGUGAUAGAUGAGUUGGCAGGGCACGGAGAAGAUCCUGCGUGCUUAAAGUGAGCAUGCCUGAACAAAUUUACGGACAAGGAUCUCUCGCGUACCUAUUCUAGUUUUUGCUAUAUUAUAGAUUGCUCAGUAGCACUUAAGCUCUCAGGACCCUAAUAUAAUGCGAUUGAACCGGAGGUGUCCACUUUGUUGAAUGACAGAACACAUAUGUAUUAGAUGUCCUAUGGCCUGAAAGCACUAGUCCGACAUCAUUGUUAGACAGUCUUUGGACCGGUCGUCCGUCCUGGCACAAAGUGGCUGCAUCAGGACACACUUUCAUACACGCAUGAUAUGUUCUGUUACCGUUCGUCGUCUGAAUUUGUGUGUGGCAUGUGAUAUAUCGCGGGGACAUCACAUAACUGGAACUGUCGUCAUAGCUGUAGACGCAUUAGUGGUGUGCCUUUUUUUAGCAUAACCAAAUAGCAGCACAGUGCCUUGGGUCUAGUCGGGUAAAAUGAGUUGUGCCCCAAUUCCAUUGUCAUUGUUAGUUGUUUUUUAGUUCGAGUUUCAUUUCUGUAACAUUUAACGGUUCAAAGAGUUGAGUUGUCAUUUUAAUACGUUUAAAUAUUUCACGUUUAUGCGUUUCACGCGAUGUAUUAUAAAAACAUACUCCUCGCAUUAAAUUAUGUUUAGAGUUACACGACUAAGAACAAUAAACUGGUAUUGUUUCUCAAAA